GGUGUAAAUUUUUUUCCUUACCUACACUUAUACCGAUAUCUUCUUGCUGUAAAAGUAGCCAUCUGGGGGAAAGUGUGGAAAAUAUGCUCAUUCAUCCAGUCGCCCUGACUCAAGUCCCCUUUCAAGAUGGUGCCCAUUAAGGUCCUCUUCGGCCUUUAAAAAUCCACUCUAAUCUUCCUUCCUUGUUUUCUGAUAACCAAUUUUCUUCUUAGGUUGUUUAUUCUUUUUAGAAUUUUUUUCUGUGCUCCCAUCACCAGCGUUGAUUUUCCUGUUUUAUUGUAGCUAACUCUGUAUCUCUGUAAAUACAUUGCUUGGCACAUGGUAGAGAUAAUUUCAGAGAAGAUUUUAUGUCUUUUAUCUUUUUCCCCUGUGAGUGAGGAAUUCAGGCCCGGGCUGAGAAGAGGGAUGGCUUUUGUCCUGGCUCCUGGGAGGAGUGUCUUGUUCUCAGGGAGCUGCCCUGCCCUGCGUGGGGGACAAAGGAGAUAACUCAGCCCUGGGGCGCUGGAUCCAGCCACGGGCUGGGCUGAUAAUCCGGCAGUCAUGCCUACUUAAUGAGAACCCAGCGCACCCUCUGCGUCUAGCCUGGUGAGCAUCCUGGGCUCACGCUGAUGACAGGGCGAUGCGUCCCUGAGGCCAGAAAGCUUUCUGCUGGGAACCCUCCCAGGAUCUGCUGUAACAUCUGUCGAUCACCCAUUGCUGAGGCAGUUUUCAGAAAACUUGUAACUGAUCAAAACGUCUCAGAUAAGUGGGUCAUUGACAGCAGUGCUGUUUCUGCCUGGAACGUGGGCCGGGCACCAGAUCCAAGAGCUGUGAGCUGCCUAAGAAAUCAUGGCAUCGACACAGCCCACAAAGCAAGACAGGUUACUAAAGAAGAUUUUGUCACAUUUGAUUAUAUGCUGUGUAUGGAUGAGAGCAAUCUGAGAGACUUGACUAGAAAAAGUCAUCAAGUCAAUAACAGCAAAGCUAAAAUUGAACUACUUGGGAGCUACGAUCCUCAGAAACAGCUCAUUAUUGAAGACCCCUAUUACGGGAAUGAGUCCGACUUUGAAACCGUGUACCAGCAGUGUCUGAGGUGCUGCAGGGCCUUCCUGGAGAAGGCCCACUAGUGCGUCCGUCCCUGAGCCCGCUGGUGCCCGGCCCCGCGUCCCAGCCGAGGGUCACGUCCGUAGCUCAAGGCCAGUGCUGGUAUUUGCAUCCACCUGCUGUUUCUUACCUUAAAAAUAAUUGUAGAUGGAAAUCAGUGGUUGUGUUUGGCAAAAGAAUAAAUAUCUUUGACUCAGACAGUUUAUGGGGCACAUGAAGUGUUCUUACACCAGUGGGGCCUCCCACUUGGCUCCAGUUACAGACGAAAUCGUAGAACAACCGAUCCCUCUGUCAGCAUGUGAGCCUCGUAAGUCACCUGCCCUCCUCCUUCCCCGAGUCUGGACGACACGAGAAGGAGCGCCCUGUCCCCGGCACUCCCUUCCACGGGCGGCAGGGGCCCUCCCUCGGGGCUCACAAGCCCCGUGAGUGUGUUCAUUCACACCCUGUGCUUGUAGGAAAGAAAGGUUCAUGGAGUAACAGUCCUUCCUAGUUUCUGUCCGGCUUGUAGCAUAAGGGAGUCAGCUUAUUUGUCCCAGUGGAGCCACAGUUAUAUCCAGAAAGAAGGACACUUGUUAGCUGCUUUAUCUGUGGUUAGUAAGAGUUGGAAAAUUUUAAGUUGGAUGUGGUGAUACGUAUUCUUCAGUGCUUAAUUUAUAGGUAACUUCUAUGUCCUUUCAGAUAACUAAUCUAAAACUCAUAUGGCUACAUGUUAGAGAAGACUUCAAAAUAAACUGGGGAAAUUAUAAAAAUACGA